UACACUAUCCGACUCAAACAGAUCUUCUGUGACACUUACCUGGAAGGUGCCAAAAACUGCAGUACUUACCCAUUUCUUGGUGCAGAUGAAAGGUCCAGCAAUUACUCAGUUGGCAAGGGCUGCAGACAGCUGGAAUAUCAUUCAGAUACUGAACAGCAGCAUCUCAUAUUCUACAGUGGUACAGCCAUUUCAGGCAGACCAGAGUUAUUCCUUCCAGAUAAUACCUCACUUAGGCAAGAAAGCUGGUAUACCAUCAGUUGUGUUGACUCUCAACUUGAGUAAAGGCUCUUCACUUACAACAGGACAAAUUAUUGGGAUAGUGGUUGGUACAGUUCUGGGAGCCCUUCUGCUCCUUAUUCUUUUAAUUUUACUUGUCUGUUGUAUCUGCAGAAGAAAAAGUAAGGAGCAGAAGACUGUUUAUGGACAAAAGACAAAGAGUUCUGCAGUGGCAAAUCCUCAAAAUCCUUCAAGUACCUUACAACGCCAAGCAACACCUGUAUCAAGAAUGACAGCAAAUAAUAGGGUUAGCAUAACUGCUACAGGUGAACGUCCAGUGUCAGUGGCAAGCAGCUUCUGGGAUGCAGAGUCAUUUAAUAAGAAUUUCAAUUAUGAAGCUGAGAACAGCAGUACACAAUAUGGCCGUCACAAUAAUGUAGCCAAAAAUUCUCUGAGAACAGCUACUACGGUGUAACCUUAAUAUGGGAAGGUUGGUAUCUCACACAAAGAAGAGUUAAGAAUGUACAGAGCAAAGCCAAUUCUUGAGCAUAAAACUCAGGAUCCAUUUUGCACUUCUGAGUAUGGCAUGCACAGGACUCACUUAUGCUGCAAAAUUAAGCACAUUGUAUAAGUCAAUAUGAAAGCAAUUAACUGUUUAUGUGGUGGGUAUUAUAGUAAAAUAACAGACUUUCUAAGGCUAUCACCCUCCCCAAACUUCUAAGGUCUGUUAUUUCCUUACAUUGCCCACUCUGGAAGGCAUUAUUGUCUGAAUAAAUUAGCAUUGUGUUUGUUGUUAACCAUUUUAGUAAAUGUUUCUAUAACUUUGCAUUAUGUGUUUGUUUGCUUGCUGGUAUUCUUUGAAUUAAGAAAAAAGGUUUCUUGUUUUGUUUUAGGUAUUAUUUUGGUGUAGCUCCUGAUAAUGCAAAUAAUCUUCAGUUUUUACCAAAAUAAGAAUAUUAAGAUAUGAAUAAUUUCUGACAUACAAACCCAGGAAAUAUUUAUCUACUGAUUAAUUAAUUUUAUAAUAAAAGGACAUUUUAAGAAUCAUUGCAUUUAAAGCUGUUUACCUAGUCAGAAUUAAAACAAUGAUUUUGGGAAAUUUCUUACUUGUAUCGUAUUAGAACAUUGCUACAAGAAAUAUACUCUGAAUAUAAUAUAAUGAGCUAACAAAUUGUAAACAUCUUGCCUGUGGUAUCACAGUACAAAAAAAGAAAAGAAAUAACUUACCAUAGAGCUAGUAUCCAGUCCUUUUUUAAAAGCAUUAUAACCACAGUAAAGUCUUUGGUACAAGUAAACUUUCCUAUUGUUUUGUGUUUACCUAAAGUUAUUUUUAUGGUAUUAUCACACAGAGUGUUAGAAUAAAAUGGGAAAACAACACAGAAUAAUUAUAUAGUAAUACCCAUUUAGAUGAGGCUCGCUGCUAGUUCUACAAAGCGCAAUUCAGUUUCUUUACUGCACAGUACUGUCACAGGCAGGUUGUAAAAGCAUUUAAAAAUUACACACCCUGAAAUGAUGCAUUUUAAAAUGCAUCUGUAUAAUCAAUAUUAUUUAAGAAGAAUAAGUUAUUUUUUUCUUUAAAUACUCUAUGUUGUUUGCGGGGCUAUGUUUAGGGAUCAAACAGCACAUUCAUCGAACAGCCGUUCAUCAUACAUAGACCACAAAGCUUCAU